GGCACUGCAGUAGCUGAAAUGCGAAAAAGGCAGCAGCCACAGAAUGAAGCAACACCUGCUGUGUCUCAAGCACCUGGAAACCAGAGGCCCAACAACACGUGUUGCUUUUGUUGGUGCUGUUGCUGCAGCUGCUCCUGCCUCACUGUUAGGAAUGAAGAAAGAGGGGAAAAUGCAGGAAGACCCACACAUACCACAAAAAUGGAGAGUAUCCAGGUCCUAGAGGAAUGCCAAAACCCCACUUCAGAUGAAGUCUUGUCCUGGUCUCAAAAUUUUGACAAGAUGAUGAAGGCCCCGGCGGGGAGAAACCUCUUCAGAGAGUUCCUCCGAACAGAAUACAGUGAAGAGAACCUACUUUUCUGGCUUGCCUGUGAAGACUUAAAGAAAGAGCAGAAUAAAAAAGUAAUUGAAGAAAAGGCCAGAAUGAUAUACGAAGAUUACAUUUCUAUACUCUCACCAAAAGAGGUCAGUCUCGAUUCUCGAGUUAGAGAGGUGAUCAAUAGAAAUCUGUUGGAUCCUAAUCCUCACAUGUACGAAGAUGCCCAACUUCAGAUAUAUACCUUAAUGCACAGAGAUUCUUUCCCAAGGUUUUUGAACUCUCAGAUUUAUAAGUCAUUUGUUGAAAGUACUGCCAGCUCUACUUCUGAAUCUUAA